AUGUUCAAGCGCUCAUUCCGAAGCCGCGACGCCGGCACCUCCCAGCGGGAGACUGCUUCGACGACGAUGGAUUCGCAACAUCGAGUGGACAAGUCUGUGAGGCUGACGAGGAAGGGUGCCACGCGAGAUCCACAGAAAGUGUCGAAAUUGCAGCGGUCGCUCAGGGGCGAAGACACCUCGCGCAUGCAGUCCGAGCAGGCGAGGCUCGGUGACAAGUCCCUCGCCCCUUCACCCAUCAUCACCUUGGUGAUAGGCAAUGAGGCGCGGCUGUUUGCAGCGCACGAGAACGUGCUGUGCCAGGCGCCUUUCUUCGACAAGGUCCUCCACAGCACGCUCGUCGAUGCGCAGAACAGGAGGAUCUCUCUCCCGGACGAGGAACCGGAGGUUUUCAGCGCUAUCCUCGAGUAUCUCUACAAGGGCGACUACUACCCGCGCCUGCAGCACAACAAGCAGCGCAACUCGUGGGAACUCGAGGAUUCGCUCCCCCGUCGGGCCACGCCGCAAACCUCCCCGACGAUUCACGAAUCACCAAAAUUCGCAGGUGGCCGCGCAGGGCAAACCCCUCAGACCCCUUCGGCUGUAGAGGCAACCGUGUUCCUCUCGAGCGUCGGCCAGCACCUGCUCCGCGACACAGUCAUCUACUGCGCCGCAGAGCGCUACGGACUGGACGAGCUCAAGAGGCUGGCGCUGCGGAAGCAAGGACUGCAGUCCGGCAUCGACGUCGGCACCAUCCUCCGCAGCGCGCAGUACUGUUACGCCCACACGCCCGACUCAGACAGCCGCCUGCGCGCCCAUUACCUGGCGCUCAUCAUCCGGUGCCGCAAGACCUUCAAGCGCAGCGGCACCAUGCAGGCCGAGAUGGAGAAGUGCGGCAGCGACGUGUACGGCGAAGGAAGCGGGAAGCUCUUCUUCGACCUGUUCGUUGCCAUGUGCAACCACCUCGACGACGUCAUUGAGGCGAGCAACUCGCGGACCCCAAAGACGAUCUGA